UGUUUGUUGUCGAGCAAGAUGGAGUUCCUUUUGGGAAAUCCUUACAGUACCCCAGUGGGGCACUGCAUUGAGAGAGCCACUGACGGCUCCCUGCAAAGUGAAGACUGGACCCUCAACAUGGAAAUAUGUGACAUCAUCAAUGAAACAGAGGAUGGGCCAAAAGAUGCCAUUAGAGCAGUGAAGAAGAGGCUGAAUGGCAACAGGAACUAUAGAGAAGUGAUGUUGGCUUUAACGGUCCUAGAGACGUGUGUGAAGAACUGUGGCCAUCGUUUUCAUGCUUUAGUCACUAGCAGGGAUUUUGUUGAUGGCGUCCUUGUUAAAAUCAUCUCUCCUAAAAACAACCCACCUACAAUUGUUCAAGAUAAAGUACUUGCCCUGAUUCAGGCGUGGGCUGAUGCAUUCAGGAGCAGUCCAGACCUCACAGGAGUGGUCCAAAUCUAUGAGGAGCUAAAGAGGAAAGGCAUCGAGUUCCCCAUGUCAGAGCUGGAGACCCUGUCGCCUAUACACACACCUCAGCGGUCUGCAACUGCUCCAGAGGGCGACUCCACCCUACACAAGUACAGCACCGCUACUCAGCCCACACCACAUGCUGUCCCCCCAGCCUACACUGACCCCCAGGUCCCCAACAUUCAUGCCUCUGGAUCCAUCAAUCCUACACCUGAGCAGAUUUGCCGGCUGCGCAGCGAGUUGGACAUUGUUCGAGGAAACACUAAGGUGAUGUCAGAGAUGUUGACUGAGAUGGUCCCAGGACAGGAGGACGCUUCAGACUAUGAGUUACUACAGGAGCUGAACAGGACUUGCAGAGCCAUGCAACAGAGAAUAAUGGAGCUCAUCUCCUGUGUUUCCAAUGAAGCUGUGACUGAGGAGCUACUGCAUGUCAACGACGACCUCAACAACAUUUUCCUACGCUACGAAAGGUAUGAGAGGUUUAGGUCUGGGAGGUCUUCAGCUCAGAGCGUCAACAAUGGGGUCCUGAGUGAGGCUACAGAGGACAACCUGAUCGACCUCGGCCCAGGCUCCCCGGCGGUGGUCAGCAACAUGCCGAACGCAGCCCCAACUAGCCUGCCCCCCACCAUCACAGCCCCUGCAGGAAGGCCCUCCUCCCCUGCCACCUUGGCCUCUCGCCUGGCUGGUCUUGACAUGGGUGCAGACAGUGUGAGCAGCACCCUGAGCUCUCUGUCCAGCUGUAAGCCUCCUCCUGCUGCUCAGGACGACUUUGACGUGUUCGCUCAAACCAGGACCGGAGCUGUGCCUGAGCCACACAAGACCACUGCAGCAGAAGACAGCCAGGCUCCUGGUGGCCUUCCUCCCACUCUGGAUGUCCUACAGCCAACUGCAGGAGUGGGUGUCGGUGGCCAGUCCUCUGUCAUGGAUGACAUAGAGGAGUGGCUGUGUACUGAUGUGAAAGGAGAUGAAGGUGAGGAGGGUGUGACAAGUGAAGAGUUCGACAAGUUCCUGGAGGAGAGAGCCAAAGCGGCAGAGAUGGCCCCCAGCCUACCGUCGCCCCCCGGUGGCGACCCGGGUGCAGCGCAGGAAACCCCCAGCCGCAAGAAGCCAGACAGGCCGGAGGACACUUUGUUUGCCAUGUAGACCUUUCACCUUUGACCCCCGACCCCUCAGCCUGAGACCCGACCAGCCGAGAAGCAUCACCCGAAGACGGACUGACCCGACACUAAAACACAUCCACCUCCGUUCUCACUACAACACAGUUCAGUUACACUACAGAGAUUUGUACAUGCCAUCCUUGUAAAAAAAAAAAAAAAAAGAAAGAAAAAAGGGAAUUGUUCUUGCUCUCCGUUAAUUUCCCAGUAGAAAAAGAAAACCAAAUAAAUAGCCUAUUUUGAUACGCCACCAGACGAUGGAUCUCACCCACCUGAGGACCAGUGUCAGAGGCAAUGAGGCAGCCUGCUUAUUCCUCCUCCUUGUUCUUCUCAUGUGUGAAGAAUCUCCCUCCUCCUGCUGUGGACUGCAGAGCUUCAUGUUGCAGCUAAUCCUGAUGAUAAGAUGUAGAUUUUUUUUAUAUAUAUAGAUAUAUAUCUAUAUCUAUAUAUAUAUAUAUAUAUAAAAGAGUCCUUGUCAUAAAUAGGAAAUACAUUUCCUAUCCAAGCCCUCCAAGCAUGCAUUAAGACCACCAAACUUGAUUAUUUAAGUUUUUACUAUUAAAGAACCCCCAUCAGAAACAUUAUGGUUGUUAUUGCAGAAUUUAAAGGCAGAAACGCUGAGCGUACCUACACGGAUAUCGUUUUGGUGUUUGUCUCAGUCCCUUUUCAAGUCAGCCUGAGUUGAAUUGUAAAUCUGUAAAUGACAAAUGUCAAGUUUAUGCGUUGUGUGUAUAUUUAAGCUACAGUAUGUAUGAAAGAGAUGUGGAUUUAAUGUAGAUUUUUGAAAAUGGUUUAAUGUUUGCAGCUGCUCUGACAAUAGGGAUGUACCUCACUGGGGUCAAGUUUUCCACAAGAAAAGGGAAUAGUAAACAUCUGAUCAUUUGCAAGCUCUAAAUCAGAACGAUAACAGAAGGGAAUUUAGUUUUUGUGAUCGGCAUAAUUGCGCAGCAUACCGACAAAUGUGUUCUUUUACCUUCUUUUGAAUCUGUCGUCUCAUGUUGUAGAUUUGUCUUUAAAUUUAACUGCAGUUGUUUGAUGAUAUGUUGGUCACAACUGAUUUACUGAGAUUAUUUUGCUGAGAUUUUAUUAGCAUAAAGCUGCUGUAGCUGGUUUUACUUCCAUCUGCUGAACGAUACGGUCUAAUUAUUCUUGUUUAUGUAAUCGUGUGUGCUGAAAGUGUGUCGUUGAACGCUUUGACAGGGAGUGGGAAUGUUAUUUUAAACAGAAUCCCAGUCAGAGGUACUGGUAGCUGAGGGAGACACAUGCUGUCAUUGGUGGGUUUUAACUCAUUGAUUGUAGGUUUUAACUCCUGUUUGAAUAGAUGAUGCUGUAUCUGUAUCUAAAACUGAGUUUAGAGGACCAAAUUUGUGCUGUCUUCUGGAUGUGGAAGGAAAAUUCCAGAUAACUGGGUUGUUCAAACAUAGUCCAGUCCCGUCUUUAACCUGGGACCCAGUUUCAUAUCCAGGGAAAUGUAAUGAGAGUUCAGUAUCACACUACAAACGCUGUUUGCACAUUAUUAUUCUCCUUUAUUUCUUGACACUGACAUCUUAAAAUGGCCUGACCUUUCAACAUGACAUUUGUUUUCAGAAAUGAGCUUGCCGCAGACACACCUCUACAAAUGAGACAUUUCACUGUUCUGACAAUAAUAAAUGCAACAUGUAACACAGUCACAACAAGCUUCAAACAAGCGUGCACUUUGACAGCCGCGUUACCUUUCAACUCGUACUGUAAAUCAGCUAACACUAAUAAUGUAAUGAGAAACAGGUGUAGAAAUAAUUUAUUCAGCACAAUUUUUUUUUUUCUUCAAAUCAGUAUUUUAAAUCAUUUUAUUGUAGAAAAGGGAAAUGAACUGAAAUGUUUAGGGAGAGUAUGAGAACUUGUCAUAAUGAUGUGUGUUUUAGUGUUUUUUGGCUUUUGUUUAUGGAGUUCAGAUUUUCCUUUUUUUUUUACACUGCUGCUGGCUAAUGUAUCUUUGUCAUGUUUAUUGGUUUCUUGGGUGUUAUUGUCGGUCGACUGUGUCCAUACAGUGAACAUAUGGAUGUGGUUUAUAAGGACAGGUCAUCACUGAUUUGUAGCUGUAAGAGAAUCACACCAGUUGUCCCAUUUAUCUUAUGAAGGAAACAUAUUUUUAAUCCAUUCACUCACUCGUACUUUUAUGGACUAACUAGCAGAUGACUUAACAGACACACUUACUUCGGACACUUUCAAUAAAGCAUCAUCAUUGCACUUUUUUGAAAGGGAAACUCCCUUUCUACUUCUGUUUUCUUGAUUUAGUAAAAAAUGUGUGUACGCGCGCGUGUGUGAUUGUGUGUUUGUGUGAGUCAGCUGUUCUGCAACGCAGAAACGUUUUAUCUCAGUUGAACAAAAGACGCCUCCAAAUGUGUGUUUUAAGAACACAUGUUGUCCUGUUUGAUACUGCCCUGGUUUGUUUCAGUGUGAGCUCUGUCAGUGGUGUAUAACUGAAUCUCAGCGUGCUGAUAACCAGAGAGUCAUCUCAGACCUGUUCUGCAGAGGAACAAUAUGUUUCUCUGUUUGUCACUGGACGAUAUGAAAAGAGAUGCUGAUAAGGGAGGCUGUGCUGUGUGACUGCUACUUUCCUGAGUUGCCUCAUCUCUCAUUUCUCUUUGUGUUGUUUGACUUAUGCAUGAACUCUAAUAAAACAUUAGCAGUGUGUGAUCCAGA